CCUUUCCAACUCAAAAUAUAUUUAUAUAAAAAUUCAAUCUUUUCCCUUUCGCUUUUUCUCUGCAACCAUUUAUUUUUUCUUCAGAAAAAUUCGAUUUUUUAAGGUUGUUCCAUUCAAUCAUCGUAUUUCGUUGUCCCUCAACACUUUUUAAAGUUAAAUUUUAACCUUGUUGUCUUUCUGGAUCAGACUCAGAUCCUGUUUUUUUCUGAUCCAUAUUUUAUUUUAUUUUUUUGGUGAAAAAUCGUAAUCAAGAAGCAAUAUGAAAAAGGAAAAGAAGAUUGAGGUUGUUGCUUUGCCUGAUUUGAAGUAGCAUAAAUAAGGACUAAGGGGUGUGUUUUAAAGUGAUUGGUGAAAUUUUUUGUUGAAAAAUUUUGAGUUAUGCUCAAGCAGAUAUUAAAUAGGAUACCUAAGAAGGGAUCGAAAUCGGCAGAAAAUAAUGAAGGAGGAGGAGGAGGAACAUCAACUUCUUCAUCUUCUUCAAACAGUGUAAGAAGCAGCAGUUAUGGAAAUUCAACUGCUUCAGGUGUUGAUUCUAAUUCGAGUAUUGGAGGUGACAUACUUGUACAAGCAAUGAAUUCAAAAUUGAAUCUGAACGGUAGUUUGUCAGCUUCUUAUGAAGCUUUGCCAAGUUUUCGCGACGUUCCGAGUUCGGAGAAGCCGAAUUUAUUUAUAAGAAAGUUGCAAAUGUGUUGUGUUUUAUUUGACUAUACUGACCCUUCGAAGAACAUUAAAGAAAAGGAGAUUAAGCGGCAAACCCUUGUAGAGCUUGUUGAUUAUGUUUCUUCGGCUAAUGGCAAGUUUACUGAUGUUAUGAUGCAAGAAAUCGUGAAAACCGUGUCGAUAAAUUUGUUCCGUACAUUGACUACUCCACCUCGCGAGAACAAGAUUCUUGAAGCCUUUGAUAUGGAUGAAGAAGAGCCUUCAAUGGACCCUGCCUGGCCUUACUUGCAAAUUGUGUAUGAACUUCUUCUUAGGUUUGUCACAUCACCCGAGACCGAUGCAAAGUUAGCGAAAAGAUAUGUUGAUCAUUCAUUUGUUCUCAGAUUGUUGGACCUUUUUGAUUCAGAGGAUCCUAGAGAGCGUGAUUACUUGAAGACGGUUCUUCAUCGAAUAUACGGGAAAUUUAUGGUGCAUCGACCUUUCAUCAGAAAAGCAAUCAACAAUAUAUUCUACCGAUUCAUUUUUGAAACUGAGAAACACAAUGGUAUUGCAGAACUCUUAGAAAUUUUGGGAAGUAUAAUCAACGGAUUUGCUCUGCCACUGAAAGAAGAGCACAAGCUGUUUCUCGUGCGAGCUCUUAUUCCUCUUCAUAAACCGAAAUGCAUACCAAUGUAUCACCAGCAGUUAUCUUACUGCAUCACACAAUUUGUGGAAAAAGACUGCAAACUUGCUGAUACGAUCAUACGUGGAUUAUUGAAAUACUGGCCGAUAACAAAUAGUUCGAAGGAGGUUAUGUUUUUAGGGGAGCUGGAAGAAGUCUUGGAAGCAACUCAGCCUGCAGAGUUUCAGAAAUGCAUGGUGCUCUUGUUUCACCAAAUAAGACGUUGCUUGAGCAGUUCACAUUUUCAGGUAGCGGAGAGGGCUUUGUUCUUAUGGAAUAAUGAUCAUAUUGAGAACUUGAUCAAACAGAACUACAAAAUUAUACUUCCUAUAGUCUUACCUGCUUUGGAGCAAAAUGCACGGAGCCACUGGAACCAAGCCGUCCGAAGCUUGACAAUAAACGUCAGCAAGAUCUUCUCGGACACUGAUCCUGCAUUCUACGAGGAGUGCAUGACGAAAUUCAGAGAAGAUGAAGCGCAAGCGAAUGAUAUGAAGUCAAAACACGAAGCCAGGUGGAAGCGCUUGGAAGAAAUGGGAGGCAUGAAAGUUGCCAUCAACGAACCGGUUUUGGUUUCUCCAAGAACUCAUGCAACUUCUGGUAAGGCAGGAAGUAGGCCUCAAUUGGAUUGAUCCUUAAAUUUUUCGGCAUUGCAGGGUGAAAAAGCAUGAGAGCUGUUCUAAUGGUGAUAAUGUGCUGUUUUUUGUUGGUUCCCUUGACCAUAUGAAAAACUCUCCAAGACCAAAUUUAUGGUACAAAAUAGCUCCAACUUGGUUUUACAAGCAUGAAAUGUAUAUAUUGAAUUGCAUGAGACUUUAAUGGAUGUCUCAAGCCACUGUUUAUUUUAGAAUUCCCUUUCUGUAGCCGGCCUUUGAAGUUUGAUCAAUGUAGCACUGACAUGACACCGACACAUGUGCUGACAUUCAAUUAUUCUAUUUUCUCAUUAUUGCCGGUGUCAACAUGUCAGUGUUAUGUCUAGUGUCAUGUCUGUGUUAGUGCUUCAGAGAAUGAUGCUACGAAGAAUCAUAAAAUGGCUUGAGUUACACGUUUAAUUCGCUUUCAUACUUCACUUUGAUGGAAACAUGUUCCAUUUCUGUUUCCAAUUUGUAGUGUUAAUUUUGGUUUUCUUGUGUAGUUGAGUUUGGUUGUUUAAGGAAAGUUGAUAAUUAGGGGUUAUCUUGUAAUGAAUUGUGGUUUUUUAAUAUAUAUUCUGAAAGCAAUUUAUUUAGUACA